AUUGACAUAUACAGUGGGUAAAUAAUAUUGACACAGAAAAAAGCGAUAAAAAAUGAUUAAUUUUAAAUAAUUAAAGUUAUUUAAUGAAAUAUCUAUUAUAAGUAUCUAGUUAUUGUAUAUCAUAUAACUUAUUCGAUCCUUUUAGAAUAUUUAUAUACUAUAAAUAUAUAACAAUGGAGAAUCCAGAACGUAUAAUAAAAACUGUUAUUCAUGUAGGUACAAAGCAUGUUAUCUUUGUUCCAGGAACAAAGGUUGUAUUUCAUUUCAAAACAACAAAAUGUGAUACUAAUAAAACGGUAAUAGAUGACAGUAAAACUAUGGGAUCUCCAAUGGAAUUAAUUUUAGGAAAAAAGUUUAAACUUGAAGUAUGGGAAAUAAUUGUACAAAAAAUGGCAUUAAAUGAAGUAGCUUGUUUUAAAAUAGAUAAAAGUCUAGUUACUGCAUACCCUUUUGUAUCUAAAACAUUGAGAGAAGUAGGUAAACCACAAUCUGAAAAGCGUAGUCAUCAUUGCUGUGGAGUUACUUUACAAAAUGAAGGAAUUGGGUAUGAAGAUUUAAAUGAACUUAUUAAAUAUCCCCAAGAUUUAGAAUUUACAAUAGAACUUAUACAAAUAAUAUUACCAAAUGAAUAUGAAAAGGAAACAUGGCAGAUGACAGAGGAUGAAAAACUUAAAAGUGUUCCAGAUUUAAAGGAGAAAGGAAAUGUUUUUUUCAGAGAAAAAGAUUAUGAUAGAGCUGCUGAAAUGUAUGCCAAAGCUAUUGGAAUUUUAGAACAGCUUAUGCUUGCGGAAAAACCAAAUGAUGAUGAAUGGUUGACUUUAAAUAAAAUGAAAGUUCCAUUAUUAUUAAAUUAUGCUCAAUGUAAAUUAAUAAAAAAAGAAUAUUAUUCAGUUGUAGAACAUUGUACAACAGUUUUAAAAAUUGAACCAGAUAAUGCAAAAGCUUUAUACAGAAGGGGAAAAGCUUAUAUUGGUACAUGGGAUGAAGAAAAAGCUACCAAAGAUUUGAAAAAAGUUGUAGAAUUAGAUCCUUCCUUGCAGAAUAUGAUUGAUAAAGAAUUACAAGCAUUUUCAACAACCAUAAAAGAAAAGGAUAGAAUACAACAAAAAAAACUCGUACAAAUGUUUAAAUAAUUAAAUACAUAUUAAAUGAUUUUUAUUUAUAUAUAUUUUUUUAUAAGAGAACGCACUACUAUUUUGUUUGUUGCAGUAAAUUAUGUUUUUUAUUAUAAAAGUAUUUGCUAUACAUAUUGUUGUAUUCGCAAAAAUUACAUAGGAAAAUGAGAUUCGAAGACAGGUUAUGGAGAUCUUACGUAAAGUUAGAUCUCCAUUUUAGGAAUUAGAAAGUUAUAUAGCUAAAUUUAUUAAAAUUAGGCAAAGUAUUACCGUUACAAAA